GCCGGGGACCCCGACCCCAGGCCGACGCGGGGUCUAGGCGGGGCCGGCAGCCGGCGCGGCCACUGCCCGCCGCGGUGGUGUCCUAGCCUGGGUGGGGAGCCGACCGUCUGAGCCUUCCCGGGCGCCGUACUGCCCCUCCUGGCCUCGGGCCCCGCCAAAUGCGACUGUCCGGCCCCUUCACCUCUGGACUUGGGGCGAGGGGCAGCUGCUGGCUUUCUCCCCGCCCCCACAGGGGCCCCGCGGGGUCCGCGGAGCCACGCCCCUCUGCUCGGCCCCGAAACGCCCGGGCGGCGGCGUGUCGCUCACGUGACACCAGCGUCUUGCGCGUCCUUGCCGGGCAACCGUCCUAGAGACCAAGCCCGCCGUCUGCCGCAGCAUGGAUGUGAUCUACCCCCUGGCGGUGCCCAGGGGUCGCAGGCUCUGCUGUGAGGUGUGCGAAGCCCCGGCCGAGCGGGUGUGCGGGGCCUGCACAGUCACGUAUUACUGUGGCGUGGUUCAUCAGAGAGCUGACUGGCGCAGCAUCCAUGAGAAGAUAUGUCAGCUGCUGAUUCCCCUGCGCACGUCCAGGCCCUUCUACAACUCGGAGGAAGAGCGGCAGCACGGCCUGCAGCAGCUGCAGCGGCGCCAGAAGCACUUGAUUGAAUUCUGCUACACUGUAGCCCAGAAAUACCUCUUUGAAGGAAAAUAUGAAGCUGCUGUUCCAGCAGCUUUGCACUCUCUUCGCUUCCGCAUGAACGUGCAUGGCCUGAGUUCAGUAGAGCUGGUGCCUGCCUACCUGCUGUUGGCCGAGGCGAGCCUUGGUCUGGGCCGCGUCGUCCAGGCCGAGGAGUACCUGUCUCAAGCGCAGUGGGCGGUCCUCAAAUCAACGGAAUGCAGUUAUGCCACCCAGUCUCUACUGCAUCGGAACCUGGGGCUUGUCUGCGUGGCCAAGGGAAACUGUGAGGAAGCCCGGGACCACCUGGCCAAUGAUAUUUAUUUUGCCAGUUGUGCAUUUGGAACAGAGCACAUCAGGACCUCAGGAGGCUACUUCCACCUGGCUAAUAUCUUCCACGGCCUACAAAAGUUGGAUCUGGCAGACACACUGUACACCAAGGUCUCUGAGAUCUGGAAUAAAUAUUUGAACGAUCGCUAUGAAGUCCUCUCCCAGGCUCGCAUCCAACAACUAGAUCUCCUGGGCAAACGAUUUGAAACGGACACCGGCUUGGAUGAAGCCCAGGAAGCAGAAGCCAUUCAAAUCCUGACUUCAAUCUUGACCAUCCGAGAAGCUACAUCUGGCAGAGCCCCCCAGAAAACCAUCUUUGUUCUAAAAAUCCUGGCCAUGCUUUACUACCUGAUGAUGGAUUCUUCAAAGGCACAGGAGUACGCCCUUAGGGCCUUCGACCUAGCCAAAGAACAGAAGCUCAGUGUCUGGGAACAAAACAGCAUUCAAGAUGUACUCAACCUCAUCUCGGCUGAGGAAGCUCAUCCCAUUGCUCAGCCACCCGGGAGCUCCAGGUGGGGGCUCGUCAAGGGCUCUUGAGCAGCUAAUGUUUCCCAGCCUUGCAGCUGCUCUGAGGUGCUAAGACUUGCUGCAGCGCCUGCCCUGCUCCCCUGGGACGGCACUCCUAGCUGCGUUUUUAUUGUUACACAGCAGAUGCUGGGGAAUAUAGGGCUUUCGGCAUAGCGAUCAGUAAACCUCUUGUUUAUCA